ACGUUUGUGAUCGUCAAAAUAGUUCAGUUUGAAAGAGGACGUUUUGUGGAAUUAGUUCACGUUUAGAAUUAGGUUUAGAUAGUGAACAGUUGGUAAAUACUAUCUGCUGACUUAAACGGGGAUUACGUACUGCAAAAGUGAAAUGGCGAGCUUGACAUAAGCAUUUUUUUAGUCUUCAGUGAGUGUUCGUUCUUUGUUGGGAUUUUCUUUCUUCUGAAUAUUCAGUUUGAUGCAAGAUGGAUACAUAUUUUUCCAGAGGCUAAAUGAUUGUGGUGACAGUGAAACACAAACAGAGUAUGUCCGAAGAUGCCGGACUGAGGAAAUGGGUAAUCGUCGUGGCGGCAUUCUUCACUCAGCUCAUCAUCUGUGGCAUUACCUACAGCAUUGGCAUCUUUCACAUCGUCUUUCGCGAUCACUUCCAACAAAACCAUUUUGACACAUCAUGGAUCGGCUCGAUUCUCCUUUAUGUCACAGCACUGUCGAGUGUGAUGCUGCGGUUUGUGACGAGCGAGUUCGGCUGUCGUGUGAGUGUUAUCCUCGGAGGGCUCAUAGCGGCAGGGGGGAUGGCUCUCGGGCUGUUUGUCACGGAGUUGUAUCAGGUGUACAUCUGUUUCGGGCUCAUCACAGGUAUCGGGUUUGGCUUGGCGUGCUCUCCAUCGAUCGUGGCAGUUGAGCGUCACUUCGCUCAGAACCGCUUCCAGGCCCUGAGCGUGGUGGUGGGCGGGGUGAGCUGCGGCAUCAUACUAUUCCCCAUCGCCAUCCGCUUCCUCAUCGAGCAGUACGCGUGGCGGGGUGCCAUGCUCAUCUUGUCCGGCUUCUGCCUCAACCUGUGUGUGUGCGGCGCCCUCAUGAAGCCCCAGCCGCGUGACAAGGAGAUCCAACUCCUGCCGCUGCUGUCCUGUCUACCUCUCCGACACCCUCUCUUUCAUGGCAUGUGCAUCGCCAACCUGUUCUGGAGCUUCGGCUCCACUGUGAUAUAUCUGUACCUGCCGUCAUACGCCAUGGCGAAGGGCACCGACUUCGAAACGGUCACGUACCUGGUGAUGUCGAUCGGUGUGUCAAGCUUCACGUGCCGGAUGAUGUUUGCGUUCAUGGGACGCAACAGCACGCUGGACAAGAUCACGUCAGUGCUGUGUCCCAUAGGGCUAGGGCUCGUGAUCACGGGGAUUUGUCCCCUCAUGUUUAACGACGUACCGGGACAGGUCGGGUACACCAUUCUGUUUGGCUUCUACAGUGGAUACUGGACUACUUUUCUAUCUCAGGCUUCUAGAGAGCUGCUGGGGCCAGAGUACAUUGCCCUUGGCAAUGGUUAUUUGUGCUUCAUGAUUGCUGUUGGUUCGUUAGCGGGGGGACCGGCAGCAGGCAUGUUGAUACAAGAAGAGAUGGAAUUUAAAUACGCAUUUUACUUGGCUGGUGCCUGUCUACUGUGGAGUUCGGUGAUCAUGGUUCUGUUUAAGAUCCGGAGCUGCGUGGUCCCGGGCAAGGCGGCCAACCACCAGAUCAACCAGCCCACGGAACACAAACUCCCGCUCAUCACGGCCAUCAACCCCAAGGUCACCGACAGGAUGUAUAACGACGAGAUAGUUGUGGAGGCCAUGGUUACAUCUUUCUGACCACACACAUGUUCUUCUGAAAGGAAUUAACAAAUCUCUGUUAUGUUAUCACGACGACGGGGUUGUGCUAACAGCUUUCACAACACUGAGUUAACCAUGCACUUUUAAUUUGCAUCCUCUCGGUUGAAAUACGGUUCCAGCGAUUAAGUUUUCAUAAACUACAAGUGGCUGUCAGUUGUUAUGUAUGACAUAACAUGGAGAUCAUAUGCAGUCUGGAAUUUCCAGAAAACUAUGGAGUUUGUAAUAUCCCAUUUUGGAGUUUUGAGAAGAAAUCACGUAUGUGUUUUUGUUGUGUUUUUUUAAGUGUGGACAACAUUAAUACCCAGUGUGGAAACAUUUGAAAAAUAUGGAGUUUGCAAUAUCCAUUUACUGGGUGCUGACAAAAACUACAAACUUUGAUGUUAAAAGAAAGUAAGUGAAACAUUCACCCAGUGUUUAAAUGUUUCAAAGGAAUGGAAUAUGUAAUAUUUGUUUUCUUGAUCUUCGUAAAAAGUUCUAUUGGUGGCAUGUUAAAAAAUAAUAUAAUAUAAUACAUUAAUAUACCA